GAUCCUUUAGCCGCUGCCACCAUUAUAAAGACCUGCGUUUGAGACGUUGAAUUGAACAAGCGCGCAUCAGAGCGCCAAAGACAUCUUGAGGAAUUUUUUCAUACAUUUUCAACAGGUGCAAACCCUCAAGGUUUGCGAUUAAUAAUUUUUCAUUUGGCAAAUUGGAUUGCAAGGUAUUUUCUCAGCAUUAUAUCAGAUCAAGGCUGUUGUCUGGUGGUGUAGGGGGGAGAGUGAGGCAUCUGAGCGGAGGACCAUGCUGUCUCUAAGCUGUGCAGACCCCUGGCCUGAGGGCUCGGUGGGGCUGGAGGAGGAAGUGGUGACUGCCGCUGCUCAUUCUGAGGAGUUGGACCUGGACGACAGCUCAGCCUCAGCGGGCUGCAGCAGCACUGGGGGCUCUGUCAACCUGGAUGACAGCCUGACAAGCCUGCAGUGGCUGCAGGAGUUCUCUAUCCUCAAUGCCAAUGGGACCCAACAGGCUCCCCUCUCCACCCACCACCAGCCUCACUUCUUUGGCCAUCAGCAGCUGGGCUCCGAGGCCCCCGCUUCCCCUCUGGCUGGUGACCCUGCAUCCAUAGGGAUGCCCCUCACCCCAGGCAAGCCCACAGCAGCAGCCUAUUGUAGGAUGCAGUCCCUGUCAGCCCUCCCUGGCCUGGUGGCCCAUGGUCACUGCCCCGAUGAGGUGGACUACAAGACAAACCCUCAUAUCAAACCACCUUACUCCUACGCCACACUCAUCUGUAUGGCCAUGCAGGCCAGCAAGAAGACCAAGAUCACCCUCUCCUGCAUCUACAAGUGGAUCACUGACAACUUCUGCUAUUUCCGCCAUGCUGACCCCACCUGGCAGAACUCCAUCCGGCACAACCUGUCUCUGAACAAGUGUUUCAUCAAGGUUCCACGGCAGAAGGAUGAGCCGGGGAAGGGGGGCUUCUGGAAGAUCGAUCCCCAGUACGCAGAGCGCCUCCUCAAUGGGGCCUACAAGAAGAGGCGGAUGCCCCCUGUCCAGAUCAACCCUGCCCUGCAGAACAGGCUUAGGGCCAACCCCCAGCCCCUGCCCAGGGGCCUCUGUAACCCCACAGGCAGCCAGAGUGGGCUAUGUGUCAAUCCAGAGGCUCAGCAGCUCCUCAGAGAGUUUGAAGAGGCCACUGGGGCUGACCAGAACUGGGACCCCUGUCUGGCCGAAGGCACCAUGCUGGGGGCCUGGCCCAUGGGAAAGGGAGGCCCUGGACACAAGAGGAAACACCUGCUGGGCUCCAGGACUGCCAUGGUCAAAGUCCCCCGGCGCUCCAGCUCUCCUUUGCUGUCUGUGGAGGAGCAUAGGGAACUGGGCUCCCUGAAGGGGAACUUUGACUGGGACGCCCUCCUGGAUUCUGCACUGAGCGGGGAGCUGAGUCUGGACGGAGGGGGUCCACUGAGCCCCAUCCCCCAGGAGGAGGACCUGAUGGUGCAGGGGACCCACAUCUGCCCCCUGGAGGCCCCCGCGGGGACAGCAGACAGCAGCCACGUGCUGGCUGAGACCCAGAGGAGCAGCGGAGCAGACUUUGAGGAGACGUUCCUGGCCACAGCGUUCCUGCAGAGCCCCUGGCCAGAGGAAGAGGAGCAGGGAUCUACCAACUUCCUGUGCAGCUCCACAGUCAACCUGGAGCAGCUCUUUGACCUGGGAGACUCCCUCGGAGGGGACCUCAGCAGCAAGAUAGAGUGUCUUCUCUAAAGACAUGUUCUCCAAUUCUUUGGCCUCCAAGACUCUUUGACUAUACUGUGAUAAUGACUACUAGAUUAUUGUUUAAAAAGAGAGGCACCACAUGAACUAAAUGGACCUUUUUACACAAUAAUGAACCUUCAGGAUCAAUGGUCCACAUGUUUUUAAGAUUUCUAGAUUAUGUUUAUUGACAUUGGUCCAAUAAUGGAUGACUUCAUUAAUGCCUACAGAGCAAAAAUGCCACAAUGAACUGCAGCAUUCCAAAUGAUUACUGGACAAAAACUAUAUCAAACCUAUUGUUGGGACCAUGACAUUGGAUAAUAGACAUUAUUAUCCAAUUAUCGAUAAGACUUCACUCACAAAGAGAAACUAAAUACAGUGAGGGAAAAAAGUAUUUGAUCCCCUGCUGAUUUUGUACGUUUG